AAGAGGCAUCCCAGUCUUAGUUUGGUAUCUCAACGUGAUUCAUGGUCUCCAAUUGACGCUGCUUAUUACCAUUGCCAAAAAAAUGUGCACUACUAGUCACAAGAGUACCUGUACGUAGUUGCACUACCAAAUAUUCAAUUAUCAAUUCAGCUGAAUCCCAGGAUACUUUUUGUGCGUUUUAUUGACAUUAAAUCAAGUUGUAGCUGCUGCAGAUUCAUAAAAUGUAAAAUUGUUAAACUCAUGUCUUUUCCUCAUUCGCUUGAAAACCUUGGUCUGGCUGGCGUCACAAAAAGAAGGGCCCUUUAUCCUUUAGUAAGUAGGUUUGCACUUGGAGAAGAAAAGGGUCGGGACAAAAGUAAAAAUACUUUCGUAUUUUUCCACGACUCAACGUGAAAGUAACGGCGUUUAUUCAUCAUUUCCAUUUCAACUUUGAACCAGAACCAAAGAAACAAAGAACCAAAGAAUCAAAGAACCAAAGACUCAAAACCAGAAGAACGUCUUGAGUACGCGGUGUAUGAAUCCACGCUGUAGUACUAAAAUACUCAUCAAUCAGUCAGUUAAAGGUUAACAUUUUCCCAACUUAUACUUGAUCACUAUCAAUAACUACGAAUUAGAAAUGGAAGAAAAUAAGUCCAACAAUAAUUGGGCACGAGGAGGAGGAGAUCUGUGUUCUGCAAUGGAGAUAACUUUGGAAGAAGAAGCAUUAAUGCAGGAGUUUGCAAAACGAGUUUAUGAUCUUAACGAGGAGAUGAGGAACUCUGAAACGCUUAUUAGAUUUCUAAGAGCACGAGAAUGUGACAUUGAAAAGGCUGAAGUAAUGUUGCGGAAGUCUGCAAAAUGGUUCCAAGAGAACGACGUGAGAAGUUACAGGGCAGGAUUCACUCUUCCUCAAGUAUUAGCUGAUGACUACAUUUGUCAUGUUCUCGGAACCGACUGUCAGGGUUAUCCAGUGAUUUAUGUCCCUCUCGGACGUUGGAAUAUUCGAGACCGUUUAAAAGAUGGGUACUUGGACGCCACGUUGGAAGGGAGGUUCUACUUAUUGGAAGGAGUCAUUAUGGCCGCCGUUAGACAGAGCACGAGACGCCAACAAUUCGUCCUCGUCGUCGACCUGGCUGAACUCUCAUUCUACAAAGUUGCACACAUGGACACAAUUAAUGUGGUGACGCAAAUAUUCCAGGACUAUGAAGAUAAUUAUCCAGAACGCUUGAAAUCUGCGUUUAUUAUUAAUACACCAUGGGUUUUCCCUUAUGCAUUUUCCCUCGUAAAGCCAUGGAUUGCGGCGAAGACAUUGACAAAAGUUAGCGUUCUUGGAAAUCGAUCAAAAUGGCUGGAUACUUUAGAAGUGCACAUCCCCGGAUUUUCUAAAUAUAUCCUUUAAGUUUAAUUGCUUUGAAAAAGUGGAAGAUACAAAUUACGACUUAUGUAUAAUAAUCACAACGAUUUGAGGAUGCAAUUGUUUAAUAAAUGCAAUUUAUGUACAUAUGUAUA